AUAAGUUUUAUAAUCGAAAUUUUUAUUCCCUUUAGCUUUUCGGUGUUCGUUUAUUUAGUGAAAAACAUAUUGGAUAUUUUAAAAAUUUGGUAUUGGAUUCAAUGAAAAAUCGUGAAAAAAAUAAUAUAAUAAGACCAGACAUGAUUAAUAUUUUAAUGGAAGCUCGAAAAGCAACUGAUCGUAAACGUGAUUGGAAUGAUUAUGAAAUAGUGGCACAAUGUUUUGGAUUUUUUAUGGGUGCAUUUGAAAAUACUAGUACGAUAUUAUGUUUUGCUUUAUACGAAAUAACAAUUAAUCUUGAAAUACAAGAAAAAUUAAGAAAUGAAAUUGAUAAUGUACGAAAAAAUUUAAAAGAAGAAGAAUCUAUAACCUAUGAAAUAUUAUCAAAUAUGAAAUAUUUAGAUAUGGUUGUAUCGGAGACAUUAAGAAAAUGGCCAAUUGUUGCAUUAACUGAUCGAGUUUGUAAUAAAAAUUAUAUUUUAAAAAUUUCAGAAGAUCAUGAGAUAUUUUUUAAAAUUGGUGAAUCUUGUACUAUAAAUAUAAUUGGAUUACAUUAUGAUCCAGAAAAUUUUCCUAAUCCUGAAAAAUUUGAUCCAGAACGAUUUAGUGAACAAAAUAAACAAAAUAUUAAACCGUAUACAUAUUUACCAUUUGGAUCUGGAAUCAGAAAUUGCAUUGGAAAUCGUUUCGCACUCAUGGAAAUUAAAGCUAUACUAUAUUAUUUAUUAUCUGAAUUUAAUUUCGAAUUAUCAACAAAGACAAGACUACCAAUUGAACUUGAAACUCGUGUUUUUCAUUUACAGCCAAAAGGUGGAUUUUGGUUGAAAAUAUGUUCGAGAAAUUAA